AUGAAGGUGCAAAGCUCGUAUUUUUUGAGUGUCUCCGUUUCUAAACUCUUGAGCACACUUGGAAACUGUUCUCCAACAGAAAAUUCAGCCAGAGAACAUAGUGAGAGCCAUGCUUUCAUCAAAAAUUGCUUAGAAUGCGGACAGUUGGAAGUUGGUACAUCUGAGUCUGAGAGUCUUGUGAACAUUAACAAUGAAUUGAAGCUGAAGGGCAAUGAGAAAAAUGUUUCAUCCUUAGCUAUCCCAAAAGAUAAUUUUGAUGCAACAUGUUCAAAAACAAAAAAAGACAUAGCUGAUUACGUCGACGUAAAAUUAAACAACCAUGAAAAAAUUGAGGCAAGAGACUUGCUUUGA